AUGAAUCAGAUGAACCGACCCCACAAAUCACCGACAUCCGUCAACUCGGGGAGCCCUGGUGAACAGCACGAGCUCUACGCUGACAAGAUGCUGACCCUCUUCGACAAGCUCUUCGGACCCCGGCCCAGUUUUCCGUCUACAAUCACCAUGCUCAGCAGCACCAAGAUCUUCUUCAAGUGCAUCGCCGCCGUGGUCCUCUCAACCAGAGUCAAGGCAGAGGUGCAAGUGGCCCAGACGCUGGUCGGCGGCCCGUUCGUUGGCGUUGGCGUCCCCGGUGUUGCAGACAUCGGCGUGGGUGGUCUGGGCGUCUACGGCCCUGGUGUGGGCGUGUACGGCCCCGGAUACGGCUACGACGGCUACGGCUACGACGGCUACGGCUACAAUGACGGCAUCUAG